GGGCGCUCCCCGGUGCGCGCCUGCGCGCUCUGCCCGCCGCCGCGCCGGCAUUGAGGACCUGCGCUCAGUGCCGUGAACGUGCGGUAGCGGCCUUCGCGGCUCCGGGCAUGUGUGGCCGCCGGCUCCGUGGCAGCUGCAGACAUCUGUGGAGAGUAAGAAUACUAUGGAGCUCAUCAGAAUGUAUCACUGAAGAAUAUGAUGGCUGAAAACAAUUUAAAAAUGCUAAAGAUUGAACAGUGUGUAGUAGCCAAUAAGCUACCUAGAAACAGGCCAUAUAUUUGCAAUAUUUGCUUCAAGCACUUUGAAACACCAUCAAAAUUAGCUAGGCAUUAUCUCAUUCAUACUGGUCAGAAGCCAUUUGAAUGUGAUGUGUGUCAUAAAACUUUUAGGCAACUAGUUCACCUGGAGAGACAUCAACUAACUCAUAAUCUGCCUUUCAAAUGUAGUAUUUGUCAACGCCACUUUAAAAAUCUGAAGACGUUCGUGAAGCACCAACACCUUCACAAUGAAACCUACCAGAAUGAUGUUAAACAGGUUAGAAGAUUGUUGGAGGCCAAGCAAGAAAAGCCAGUGUAUGGAAUGUAUCCUACUUUUACCUCAGAGGAGCGAUGGGCCUUACACCCCUCUACUAAGUCUGAUCCUACCUACAGUCCUGCAAAGAAGAGAAAGAAUAUUCACGCAUGUACAAUCUGCGGCAAGAUGUUCCCGUCACAGUCAAAACUCGAUAGGCAUGCACUUAUUCAUACUGGUCAGAGGCCUUUUAAAUGUGUCCUGUGCAGUAAAUCUUUCCGACAGUCGACUCAUUUAAAGAUCCACCAACUCACACAUUCAGAAGAAAGACCUUUUCAAUGUUGUUUCUGUCAAAAAGGAUUUAAGAUUCAAAGCAAACUUCUGAAGCAUAAACAAAUCCAUACCAGGAAUAAGACUUUUCAGACUCUUUCAUUAAAAAAGAAGAAUCCAGAGUCAUGCCCCCUACCUAAUAAAUUAAAUCCAAAGCAGGAUGGUUUUGAAAAUGGUGAUAUAGGUGAAUCCGAGGAGAAUAAUCAACUUGAUGUCCAUUCUAUUUAUAUUGUUCCUUUUCAGUGUCCAGAGUGUGAAGAAUGUUUUGAAUCAGAGAAGAUUCUCAAUGGACACAAAUGUUUUCCUGCCAGAAGUGGCAAAAUUCCAGGCAGUUUCAAAAGAAGCCUCAACUAUAAAACUAUUGUUAAAAAGAUCUUGGCCAAGCUUAAACAUGUUGGGAGUAAGAAAUUAGAUAGUUUUAGAUCUGACAAAAAAUCAUUUAAAAACAGUUUCUUGAAAAAAUGUGAUCUUAUUUCUGGUGAGCAGAGCCCCGAACAAACCCAGAGAACAUUUAUGGGUUCUCUUGGCAAACAUGGAACAUAUAAGACAGUUGGCAAUAAAAGAAAGAAAACAUUGAUGUUGCCAUCUUCUUGGCAAAAGCACUACCAGAGCCAAAAUAUGGGGAAAAACUUGAAAGGUAUCCUUACAACAGAAAACAUGUUAAUUAUGGAAAAUUCAAUGAAUAAUAAGGACAUACCUAUCAGUGGUUCAUCAGGUGAGGAAUUUUUUGAUAACUGUAAAGUGCUUCAAUGUGCUUUUUCAGUUCCAAGCGAAAACAUGCAUACUGGACAUAAGAUGUGUCCUUGUGACAAAUGUGAGAAAGUAUUUCCUUCUGUAUCCAAACUACAAAGACACUAUUUAAUUCAUACUGGACAGAGGCCUUUUGGUUGUAAUGUUUGUGGGAAAUCUUUUAGACAGUCAGCUCACUUAAAAAGACAUAAAUUAACUCAUAUUGAAAAGAUUCCUUACAGACGAUCUCUUUGCCAAGUAGAAUUUGACAAUUUGAGCAAACUUUUCACUCUUCCGGGUGAUAAUGGUAACUAUAAUGCUUCCCAACAAUGCCAGACUCCUAGUUUUCAAAAAUGUGAGGUUUUGGAGUCAGAUCAAAUAUCAGAAAUAAAAGUUAAGUCAGAAUCAGAGGAUUUCAUUCUUGAUGCCCCCUAUAGGAGCAGGCAGCCCUAUCUCUCUAAUUCCCUUCUGGAAUCAGAGCAGAGCCAUCAUAGUCAUUGUAGUUAUUCAGGACAUCCUGAGAGGAAUGAUGGCCUUCUUUACCAAUGCAGUGUUUGUUCUAAAAGUUUUAGAUCUCCAUCUAAACUGGAGAGACACUAUCUAAUUCAUGCAGGACAGAAGCCAUUCGAAUGCUCAGUUUGUGGCAAAACAUUCAGACAGGCCCCUCACUGGAAGAGACAUCAACUUACUCAUUUUAAGGAACAACCACAGAAAAACUAGUCUUAAAUUUGGUUAUAUAACUGACAGAGCCACUAACUUAUGGUCUCUUUGGUGAUCUUGUUCUCUAAGCCUGUAUAAUUUAAAAUAUAUUUUCAUCAGAAGGCCUGCAUAAGGUUGAAUGAUUUUACAGGCACAGUAAGGUAAGAUACAUAGAAAAUUAAAACAAUGCUUUAGGAACAGCCAUAUUUUUAGAGGGAAGAACAUGAUUUGAUGGCAUAAAGUAAGCAUCUGUCUUAUUGUAAUACAUCUUUGGCUUUAUUGGAAGUGUUGUAAAUCUAUGAUGCAGUACAAACAAUUCAGCCCCAUUUGCUUUUUAAAGGAAUUAUUCCUUGAGACAUGCCAUCUCCUUUUAGAAAUAGUCAAAAACGGAGGCAAAAAUUGGUUUUGGGCUGCAGCAAAUAGCUCCAUGAUACUUCAUUUAUUUUACAUUUCACAUGAGAGCACAAUUUUGUUCACCUGUGGCUCAAAUUCCAUUGCAAAGUUUUUGUUGUUGUAAGUUUAAAAAAUAAAAAGGCAAUAAAAGCGAAAAUGGAUGAGAAAAUAGCAUUAUUUUCACUGGUUUUUUUCCAAGCCAUUUAGUCUUAGGAUUCUGUGGUAGCUUCACCUCCUUUUUCAUAGGUGGUUAUAAUCACUUUUUGCCCAAUCUGCUGUUGCCUUUCCCAAAAUAAUUUAAAAGUAGUAGAGAGAUUAGGAUGCACCUCCAUACAUUAACAUGUUUGUUUAUCAGGGAUAUUAUCCAAGUGCCACAAUCAUUUGCUAACAUGUAUGCAAUGUUAUCUUUUCAGAGGAAUAAAUGUAAUUUGUCUAUUUGCUUAUUCAUGAAUGACAGCAGUAGUUAAUUUUUACAUUUCAGUAAAACUUUCUUUUAAUACCUCGUUGAGUGAUCCUAUGAUUUAAAUCUAUUCUGUUUGAUCAAAAAUCAAUGAUUUGGUUUAGUUAUGGUUUUUAUUCAUAAGAUUCUAAUGCAAAAUAAUGUUAUUUUGAUCCUUAGUAAAUUGUUAUUUUAAUUAUUAAGGUAAUUAUUCUUGUAUAAGAAUAAAAUGCUUAUAGAAUUGAGGGUAUCAUUCUUCUAAACAGUACUGUCAUGAUUUGGGAAAUAUUUCAUCUUAAACUAUAAAAGAUUUGUAAUCACAAAUUGCCCCUCAUAUUUAUCAUUUUUAAUAAAAUCUUUAAGAAUAGCAUUUCCUAGCAAUAAAAAAAAAUAAUAACCAUUAUCUUUCUAAGGUGAAAAGAACAGGUGGGUAUUUAUUCUAGCACACUUAAAUACAGUGACAAGCCCUCUAUUGAGAACAAAUAAAUGAGCAAUUGUAAGUUUUGAAUUUACUCUGUGAAUUGUCUGUGUGUGAAAGGGAGGGGUUGGACUGUUUACAUGUUUUACAAGUGAAUUUUGAGAAACUCGGGCUUAAUUUAAAGACACAAAACAGUACAGAUAAAAUCCCCAAUGAUGUGCAAAUGUGCAGGAGAGUCAUGUUUUAAAGAACAAGUUCUCUUAGGUUUCCUUAAGGUACGCUCUUCCAGUGCAAGCAUGAUGGUUUAUCGAAGUUGCUUUAGGCAAAACUUCAAGAACACAUCUGUAACAUUAAAGCAAGUAAUAACUAGUUCAUACUUUCUAAGAAUAAAGAAAGGUUCGAAAUGUUUUUUCCCCUUAAUAUGUCUGAAAUCGUGUAUUUUUGGAUUUUCCUAAGCUGCUAAUAUAAUUUUAUUUGAAGUAAAUGUCUCAUAUACUUUUUUCCCAGCCCAAACAGGGAGAGUCCUUAAGAGUGUUGUAUGAUUAUUAGACUUUGUGUGCCUAAGUGAUAGUAUAUUUUUUUUGGCCUAUGCCUUUUUAAACUGUUUCAUAUUGAAAGUUGAAAUAUUGUAAAAAAUUUUGUCAAAGAUGUACUGUAGUGCUAUUUGAAGUACCUGUAACAAAGUACUUAUUUACCUUUACUAUCACUGCAAGCUUCUUGUGGAAACUAUAUAGGAGUGAAAAUAAACUGUAUACAUCCAUGAAAAGAUUAAACAUUCGAUAUUAAAUGAUGAGUUGCUGCAUGCCAGAGUGGUUAGUGUUAUUGAAUCAAUUACUUUGGUUUUCUGAAAAAUAAACUUUAUAAAUAUCUUUGAAGAGAAUUAGAAGAAUUUUUCCUUUGGAUGAUUCCAGGCUGUAGCAUGAUUAUUUACAGAAGCAAUCUGAUUGGCUUAGUUAGUGGAAUUAUUGUUUCUUGUUUUGUACUGCAAUAGGUUCCACAAUUUUAGGACAAAAUGUGUAUGUGUUGAAGAAAAGUAGGUGGUGGUUAAGAGUCUUGAAAAAUUCAAAUUUCAGAAUAUUUUAAAAAUAAAGUUUCAAAUUACACA